CAAAGCCCAUAUCCUGUACCAGUAAAUCGAAACGUUAUGGCGGCGUAUUUCAUACUGAGCGUUCUGCUGCUCGCCAGUCCCGCUGCAUGGAGCAAGCCGACUUUUGGACGUGAACACGUGCAUAUACGCAUCCACCUGCCGGAGAGUGGUGGCGAUCAUGGUGGUGGUGGUCAUGACCAUGGCCAUGGUGGCGGCAGCGGCGGUGGCGGCGACUUUUCCGCUUAUGAAAUACACGAUCAGGGUCAUGGCGGCGGUGGUGGUGGCUAUGGCGGCGGUGGUGGCGGAUAUGGCGGUGGUGGCGGCUAUGGCGGCGGUGGCCAUGUGAGCACCUUCGCUGUCAUUACUGAGAAUCAUCAUGGCGGCUCCUCAGGCGGUGGCCAUUAUGGUGGUUCCGGCGGUUACAGCGCCGGUGGACACGGACAUGGACACGAUGAUGGCAAGCUGGCUGUGAUUGCAGCUGCUGCAGGCGCUGGUGGUGCACAUGGUGGUGGUGAUGGAGGCCAUGGUUACAGCAGCGGCGGCGGCGGUUCACAUGACAGCGGCGUUGCACAUAUUGCGGCCAUUGCUGCCAGCUCGGACUCCUCUUCACAUGGCGGCAGCGGCUAUGGCGGCUACAGUGGUGGACACGGCGGCGGUGGUGGACAUGGUGUUGCUCAAAUUGCUGCCAUAGCUGCCAGCUCCGACGCCUCGUCACAUGGCGGCAGCGGCUAUGGUGGCUACAGCGGUGGACAUGGCGGUGGCUACAGCGGCGGCGGCGGUGGUGGCGGACAUGGUGGCUACAGUGGUGGCUACAGUGGUGGCAGCAGCUACAGUACCGGCGGCAGCUAUAGCACUGGCAGCAGCUACAGUGGUGGCAGCAGCUACAGUGGCGGCCAUGAUGAUAGCCAAAUUGUAGCACUAGCAGCUGGUGGCGGCGGCGGUGGUGGUGGCGGCGGUGCCGGUGGCAGUGGCUACAACUACGCCGCGCCCACAGGUGGUUGGUCCGGCGGUAGCUCCGGCUGGGCCUAAGCCAACAGCCAACUCUGACCAACUCUGGUCGUCUAGUCUAUGUUCAUGUUCAUGGCCCCCACGCCCCAUUGGAGAUAAUAAGUUAUGAUUCACCGAUCAGCAACCCAUACGCAGCAUCCAUUUAAGCAUCUUCGCAACAUACAAUCUUCGUAUUUAUGUAACCGACCCCUUUCACUCCCCCAUAAAAGGCGGAUUAACCCAAAUGUUAUGUCCAUGUACAAAAUAAAGUAUGUAGUGUAAUA